CAAUGCCAAUCAUCAUUUCUGGAAACAGAGAAGGAAGCUGUCUGUAUAUCAGGGGAAACAAUUAAAGUGGACUGCUUCAAGAUGUCAUGUAAAUAUCUUCCUCUUUAGAAAAAUAAAACCAAAGUUGGGAACUUGCUUGGACACUUUUGCCUUGAAAUUUCGUUUCACUUUGUUGGUCUUGGUCAUUUCACUUUGGCAGUAUACUACAUGUUUUUCCUUCCUUUCUUUUGUUCAGCUCUUUCUUGCGACAUUUCUUCGUUUCUUCUUCAGUUUUCCAGCCCUGUAUUUUGGCUCUGUUUUGAGUGGAAAUUGUUUUGGCACCUCCACAUUAUAUAAUUUCUUUUUUUCCGGAGAGUUUACUUUUUGGGUUUUGUAGAGAAUGUGGUACCAACGUUCGAACCCAAGACCAACGGGAGUUAGUGCAAGCGCACUUAACCACAAGGGGAGGUAGAAGGCCAGUCUGGAGAGUUUACUUUGGUUUGCUAUGAUGAUGAUUAGAGAAUUUGGCUGAGGAACUUAUAUUUACAGUUGAGAUAUAUGAAUUGUAAUAGUCCAAGAGAUCGGGACUGAUGAAUUUUUAAUAGUCGAAACAAACAAGUUAACUGUACAAUGUUAUCUGAAUUUAUAGAGUUAGAAAUCGCUACAUCCAAAUAAACAUUUUAUAAUACGGAUACCUACCAAAGUGUGGAAUUUGGUAAACAUCCAUACUUUUCUUCGAGAUAGAAUAAACAUUGGUAAAAUAACAACAUUUUUAAACCAUACAAAACUAACGCGUAUAAAUACCUUCUUAUCCCUGUCCUCUCCCUCUUUUCGCACUUUCGACCAACUCCCCCGAACUUAGCGCUCUUUCUCGCUCUCUCUCAUUCCCGCUCUCUGUCUCUGUCUCUCUCGUUCAUUUUCUCCAUAGAAAUCGAACUGAGCUCUCUCUCCUCUGGGUUUCUCUCUCUCAUAUCAGUUAACAGUAAGCAUCUUCUUCAUUUGAAUUUAGGGUUUAUUCUUCUAAAUUAAAUUUAGGGUUUUUUCUGUUAAAUUAGGCUCUGUUUUUAUUUGGGAAUUGAAUUUGUUGAGGAGCAUAAAAUCCCAACUAAAUCAACGUGAUUGAUUAUGAAUAUUGAUCAUUGAUCUGUACAGAUAUUUAGUUUAUUUCCUUCCUUUUAUAUAGACGAGUACAUUAAGGAAUAGUUCAUUUAGGCUAGUUUUUAGCAUCUUAAUUGGCUAUUGUAUUUGUAUAAAGGUUCUGUACCUCAUUCUGAAUUUAUAUCAAUAUACGAAUUACCAAUUCUAUCAUGGUAUCAGCAGCCUAAGGUUACCAAUAAUCCUACACAAACUCAAACCCUAGCAUGUCCUCUCGCUAACCUCCAUGGCGAUCAACGACAGCGAAUCACCUCAAGCCUCAGCCAAGCCUGAGCAACCCAAAUCUGAUUCUCAAGCCUCAGCCAAGCCUGAGCAACCCAAGUAUGAUGAUCCUAAUAAUCCUCUCUACCUUCAUCACUCUGAUCAACCAGGGGUUGUCCUUGUCACACAACUCUUGAAUGACGAAAAUUAUCCAACCUGGAGUCGCUCCAUGCUCAUGGCGCUCAACACCAAGAACAAAGAAGGUUUCGUCGAUGGCACCCUCAAGAAGCCUCUGCAUGAUUCUUCCACAACUCUCCAAUAGUGGACACGUUGUAAUAAUCUCGUCAAGAGCUGGCUCCUCAAUUCCAUCUCCCCAGAUAUUGGUGCGAGCAUUAUUUAUAAUGAUGUCGCGUCCGACAUAUGGAAUGAUCUGAAGGAACAAUUCUCUCACGCUAAUAGUGUCCAUCUCUUUCAUAUUGAGCAAGAAAUUCAUGACUGCGUUCAAGAAACCAUGACCAUCGGUGCCUAUUACACCAAGUUGAAGGGCUUAUGGGAUGCGAGAGAUGCAUUUUGCUCCCUUCCAUCUUGCAACUGCGGAGCGGCCAAAGAGAUGUUCCAAUUCCACCAGCACCAAAAGACCAUGAAAUUUCUUAUGGGAUUGAAUGACGUAUACGCUGGAGUUCGAGGACAAAUCCUACUAAUGGACCCAUUUCCUGCAGUCAACAAAGCCUUUUCCCUUAUUACCCAAGAUGAGAAGCAACGGGCAGUUUCUACUCAUGCCCUCGAGAAAACACCAGCCACUGAAGCCGCCGCCUUCGCCGUUCACGGUCCUAGAAAUUCCGGUAGAAAUUUCUCACCUAAAAACCCUCAUCUUAAGUGUGAACGUUGUGAUGCCACAGGACACACCUCUGAUACCUGUCGAGAACAUCUUAAAUGUGAUUAUUGUGGCUGGUGCCGUCACACUAUUGACCAAUGCCGCAAAUUGAAGAAAGCUCAAUCUAAUAGCGGCAACAGUGACUCUCAAGGUCGUCAGGGGCCAUUUUCUCCUUCGGUCCAUCAUGUUGACACCACUCCUGUGGCCACCGCAGCUCCUCCAUCAUACAACCUCACCGCAGCACAAUACCAGAGCUUCCUUGCUCUUCUCAAUCAAAACAAGCCCACAGUUUUGGCUAAUCAUGUCAGCACUGCUUCCAGCACCAGUGAUCUCUCAGGACCGACGUUCGGGGAAGAUGAUUGGGACGGGAACUGAGAGGGAAGGUCUCUACUAUCUUGAUACUGCGAAGACAGCCGGGUGCAAUUCCGUUUCAGCCGUUGUUCCUUCUUCUUCUCGACUUUGGCAUCAAGGCCUUGGUCAUCUUUCAAAUAAAAGCCUGCGUGCUCUUUCCUUUUCUGUUAAGAACAUGAAAUUUUGUGACAUUGAUGAUUGUUUGGUUUGUCCUUUAGCUAAACAAACUCGUCGUCCGUUUCCCUUGAGUUCUAUAAAUUCACUUGCGCCAUUUGAAUUAAUUCAUGAUGAUA